UGGGGUUCACGUCGGCGAGCGGCAGAAACGAACAGUCAACGAGAAAGAACCGAAGUGGCAAGAUGUUCAAAUCGGGCUGGCGUAAUAAAGAGAAGAAGAAGAAGUCGACGGUGAAAUUGGUCGGUUCCAAGAUCAUUCGUACGGAAGACGAUUCGGCCGGCGUCGAGAUCGAGGAAGUGGAGGAUAGUGGAUCGACGUUGGACGUUUCUUCGGCUUACACCGUGGAACAACCCCAAACUGCGACCCCGACGGGUGAGUACUCCCCUUCAACUCAAAUUCUAGUCGACAGUAAAUUAGAGACCGGUGCUAGCAGUCAGCAAGUGGACAGUAAUUAUCAAAAAUCGACGAGCUCCGUUAAAAGUGUCACUGUGAAAUCUUCCACGAUCGAAAGUGGGACUGAAACGGUUACCGGGGGAGAAUCAAAAAUUGUUAAAACUUAUUCGGAAGAUGGAAGACCGGUCGCAGAUUCAGACGGUAGCCCUUCACAGAAAAUUGUAACGAAGAUAACAUAUGUUAUAAGAGAUGGUACUCCGAUCAAAACCGGCGAACAGGUAUUUUCGACAGAUGAGACGUCGACGACAACCCUUGAAACGGGUCCGAUGCUUUCUUCGGAUCCCAGCGCCGUUCGCAGUGAAGUCAAAUUGGUCGGAGGUAAAAUAAUCAAGGUAUCGGAUCCCUCGGACAUAACUGAGAAAACUUUUUCAAACGGUGGUGUAAAACAUUCCACCGUCACAUCUUCACAAUCGGAUAAAUUUUCUUCUCAAACGGAAGAGAGUACGAAGACGAUUAAAUCUACCGUCGAGAAAAUUCAAGAAACAACGGACAGGCAAGGUAAACAUGGAAAGACCGUAUACUCUGUGACUUUAAGGGGUGAUGAUAAGCAAGAUUCUAAGCCUGACCACGAAAAACGAGUUUCGUCCCCUUCGCUCGGAGAUCAAGUCAAAAUGGUCGGAUCGAAAAUAGUAAAAAUCUUUUCGGACAGCGGCAAACCAACCCAAGACCCGAGUUCUCUCGGCCAAGGCGAACACGAUACUCAAGUCGUUCAGCAAUCAUCGUCGAAAACUUACAGUUCGGCCGUAUCGGCGAAAACGUCUUUCCAACAAAGGGAAGAAAUGGCACAGAAGAGCACAUUCAGCUCUCAGAAGGGGAAGAAAACUGUUAUAAGGACCAUAUACGGUCCCGACGGUUCUGUUAUCGAUACUAUCACAGAAGUUAUCGAUAUUCCAGAAACCGCAUCGCAACACGUCCAGCAGACCGGUAAGAAAAACGUCCUCUCGUCUGCAGAAAUCUUACAGCAGACUGCGGACGACGGUGUUGAGACAUUUGUUUCAUCUAGCACGAAAACUGGAAAUGUUGUUCGUCAAGGAGAAGAAAGAUUUUACUCCAGCCGUCCGUCCCAUCGAGAUAACGAACCAUCUCCAACAAGAGAUCCAGACGAUGGUACUCAAUUCUACACGAGUGUGACUAGAGUAACAUCCAAGAAAGCGGACCAAACGGAAACCGACGAUGGGGACGGUUUUUCUAGCCCCUUUCAGACGAUGCAGCAACAGGUCACGCAUACCACGACGGACAAUGAAUUGAGUUAUCCAUCAACAAUAGAACAAAAGAGUUCUUCGCACCACACUAGUUCACAACACACAAAAAGCGCCACCUCCAAGUCAGUUACAUCUAAAACGAAUAUUGUCGAAACUUCUGAUGAUACCAACGUACAUAAGCGUGUAGUUACGGAUUUCAUUAAUAUGGAAAAACAAUCUGUCAUGCCUCCACAAGUCAGACUGGUCGGAGGGAAAUUGGUUAAAACAAAAACAACGGAAUACGACGAUGUUCCUGAGUUUCAGCAUAAACCGGGAACUGCAAAGCAAACCCCUGGACAAAUUAAAUAUCCUGAAGGUAGGUUCGAUAAUGCCAAAUAUCCUACAGAUGUACAAACAACGACAAUAAGAUACGUAACCGAAGGUUUACCAGAAGCAACACACUCGGAGAAACGUGAAACUAUCUCCGAGACAAGCGGGACGCAAUCUUCUCAACAAACUACAGUUCGAGAAGUGGUGAAACUCGUCGGAGGGAAAUUAGUUAAAUCUGAAACAACUGAUUACACCACUAGCUCAACAGAGGAUGACCCAAACCGUCCAAAAUCACCAUACACAGUAUCAUCGGACACUAGUAAAAGAACAGUGACCAAAUCAUAUCCUGGAAGUUACCAGCAUCCCGAAAAUGAGACAGAUUAUUCCAAACACCCGGCGGAAGUGAAAACGACCACAAUAAGAUAUGUCACUGGUGGUUCUCCGGAUACAACCAAAACAGUUUCAGAAGUGAAACUUGUCGGUGGAAAAUUAGUAAAAUCCGAAACUGCUAGACCAGAGAAAGGUAAAACAACAGUGGUGACUGUAACGAAGGUGACGAAGACUCCAGUGCCUUCGUACACCGAUGGAAGCCCUGACUCAAAGACCCUUUCAGAAGGAUACACACAUCCCGAUGACGAUAAAGUUGGUUAUCAUAAAGAUGCAUCAGAAGUGAAAACGACUACUGUCAGAUAUGUAACCGGUGAUAAACGUACCCCAGAGACCACAGUACAAGAGCGUGAGAUCGUCUCAAGAACUAGUGGCACACAAUCAUCUCACGAGACUUUAGUCGGAGAAGUAAAGCUUGUUGGAGGGAAAUUGGUAAAAUCCGAAACGACGGAAUAUACCACCAGCCCAAAACACCCGGACGAAACUACAACCAGAAUAUAUAAGGAAACUAAGGUUAUUAAGUCUCCAGUUGAUGGAAGACAUGACUCAAAAACCUCUCCCGAAGGAUUGAAACAUCCUGAAGACGAGACGGAUUAUUCCAAGUACCCAGAAGUGAAAACGACCACAAUAAGGUAUGUCACUGGUGGUUCUUCAGACGCAGCCAAAACAGUUUCCGAUGUAAAACUCGUCGGAGGGAAGUUAGUCAAAUCUGAAACACAGUACACUACGACUGGAAAAUCUACCGACGAACCAAAACUGGUAACGAAUGUAAAAGAAUACAAACAUCCUGAGGACAAAAGGGUAGGUAGCCCUAAACACCCUUCAACCACCCAGACAGAAAAACAUCAAACUGUGUCGCAGUCAAGCAGUAAGCAAACAUCACACCAAUCUGUUCGUGAAGUGAGGCUCGUUGAUGGAAAAGUGGUCAACACUGAAACGUCCGAAUUUACUACUGAUUCGACAUCACCCGAUGAACAAAAAUCAACUAAGCCGACGUCCAGAAAAGAACCGUCUGUUAGGACUGUGUACAGAACCGUAGAAUAUGGUUCGAAGACUUUACCGGAAGGUACUUAUCUAGAAGAUACAGUCGAUAACUCCAGAUAUCCUAUGGAAGUUCCAAUUCCUGCAGUCAGACAUGUAACGAAACCAGACUCGAAAACCUUUCCGGAAGGAAAACAUCCCGAUGACAAAAGUGGUGAUAGUCCUAAACAGCUUUCAGACCAUACAACUACAACAGUGAAAUACCUAACUGAAAGAUCUCCUUCUACUACUCACACUGAAAAAAGUCAAACCGUUUCUCAGACGAGUAGUAGGCAAACUGCGCACACAUCUUCGGUGCAAGAGGUCAAACUCAGUGGUGGAAAAGUAGUUAAAACUGAAUCAACCGAAUAUACAAGUGGCUCAACAUCUCCAGGUGAAAAGCAAACAUCUAGGACGACGAAAGAUUGGACUCCUAAAACAUCGGGCACCAAAGCCCCCGACUCGAAGUCCUUCCCAGAAGGAACCGAAUUUCCAGAGCACCCUUCAACAAAACAAACAGGGACAAAACCUCACGAACCCACGACUGAAUAUACAACUUGGGAUAGUCGCACGUCUGAACGCGCCGUAUCGGAUCAUACGAAAAAAGCGACUUCCCAAUUUAUAAUGAACGAGAAAAGUUUCGUUUACGCUCCAGAAGACAGAGAAGCACCGCGCCAAACAGACAGCCCAAGAGAAACUGCACGCAAACCUGAGGAGACCACAGAAGGUGGUCAAACGGUAAAACUAAUCGGUGGUAAACUAGUCAAAACUGGAACCCCGGACUAUGUGACGAGACCUACUGAACAAAAGAAACCAACAAAAGUAACAACGGACUCCAAAAUUGGCCCGACAGGAACAUAUUCUUUCCAAAAAACAUCAGAACAAAAGAAAAUGACAGAUCGUAAAGAGCUCCAAGAACCGUCUGAAGGUCGUACCCCUAAAGAUUCAAAAGAAGGAUUCAGUACAGAGGAUGUCUCUCAUUUGCAUCGUACAACCGUUCAACAUGUGAAAUUGGUUGGUGGUAAAGUAGUUAAAACAGAAACGACCGAGUACCGAAGCAGGUCAAAAUCUCCCGAUCAACCUACUCAAUUCACAACAACACAAAAACCAGUACCUUCUCAGGAACCCAAAGAACCGACAGAGGGCCGAUCUCCUAAAAAGACCCAGGAAACACCAAAAGGCCAAGAGCCUGAAGAAAACUUUCCAGGCCAAUCUCCUAAGGAGCCGACGAAAUCGUCGACUGGCCAAACUCCUAAGAAACCAGAAGAAACAGUAGGUCGAUCUCAUAAAGAACCAAGAGAAACUACACGCAAACCUGAGGAACCGACAGAGGGUGGACAAACGGUAAAAAUAAUCGGAGGUAAACUUGUCAAAACUGGAACACCGCACUUUAUGACGAGACCUACUGACCAAAGGAAUCCGACAAAAAUAACUGCAGUCACAAAAAUGGGUCCGUCCGAAACAUACACUUUCCAGCAAACAACAGAGCAAGAGAAAAGGUCACAUUUGGAAAACGUAUCCCAAUCCUCUACAGAAACAACUGAAAAAUUCUCUAAGAAAUCGACGGAUACGAUUUCCUAUAGAACAUCUAAAGAACCAAAAGAAACACCGAUUGGACGUUCUAAGAAACCUGAUGGUUCAACCAAGGAAUCAAAGGAAGAUAUGACAAAACAUACUCCUAAGAAGCCUGAAACAAGCAGAUCUCCUAAAAAACCAACGAAGGAAUCACCGACUGGUCGAUCUCCUAAGGAACCCGAAGAAUUCACGGUUGCUCGAUCUCCUAAAGAGACCACAACUGUUGAAAGAUUGGGAACGGAGGAGGAAACGAAUCAUUUAGUGCGUUCUACUGUGCAACAAGUGAAAUUAGUCGGUGGCAAAGUGGUAAAAACUGAAACUACAGUGUACCGAAGCAGAUCGAAAUCACCCGAUCAACCAACUCAGGUCACUACAACACCAUCAAGGAGAGAGCCAAAAGAAACACCGUCAGGAAUUACACCUAAAGAUCUCAAAGAGCCCAAAGAACUUUCUGAUGGUCGAUCACCGAAGGGGCUAAAAGAAACACCGACAGGGCGUACACCUAAAGAUUCAAAAGAGCCCAAAGAACCGUCUAAUGUUCGAUCUCCAAACCAGUUAGAAGAAACUGCAACUGUUGAAAGAUUCGGGACGCAAGAUACGACACAUUUGGAGCGUACUACUGUGCAACAAGUAAAACUGGUCGGUGGCAAAGUGGUAAAAACUGAAACUACAGUGUACCGAAGCAGGUCGAAAUCUCCCGAUCAACUAACUCAGGUCACUACAACAGGGCAUACACCUAAAGACCAUAAAAAGCUCAAAGAACCUUCUGAUGGUCGUUCACCUAAGGAGCCAAAGGAAACGCCAACAGGGCGUACGCCUAAAGACCCUAAAGAGCCCAAAGAACCGUCUGAUGGUCGGUCUCCUAAGGAGCCAAGUGAGACUUCAACUGGUCGAACUCCAAAGGAGCCUGAAGAAUCUACAGUAGGCCUAUAUCCUAAAGAGCCAAAAGAAAUGACAACCGUAGAGCGAUUCGGGACGAAGGAGACUACUCAUUUGGAUCGUUCUACUGUCCAUCAAGUGAAAUUGGUCGGUGGUAAAAUGGUGAAAACAGAAACUACCGUUUACCGAAGCAGGUCGAAAUCUCCUGAUCAACCAACUCAGGUCAGUGUAACACCAACAAGGCGAGAACCAAAGGAAUCACCAACAGGGCGUGCACCUAAAGACCCUAAAGAGCACAAAGAACCUUCUGAUCGUAGUUCACUUAAGGAGCCAGAGGAAACACCCAGAGGUCAUACACCUAAAAAGCACACAGAACCGUUUGAUGGUCGAUCUCCUAAGGAGCCAAAAGAUAGUCCGACUGGUCGAACUGCGACGGAACCAGAGGAUUCAACAGUAGGGCGAUAUCCGAAAGAGACAAGGGAAACUACAACUGUUGAGAGAUUCGGGACGCAUGAUACGACACAUUUGGAACGUACUACUGAGCAACAAGUGAAACUGGUCGGUGGGAAAGUGGUAAAAACUGAAACUACAGUGUACCGAAGCAGGUCGAAAUCUCCCGAUCAAUCGACUCAGGUAACUACAACACCAACAGGGCGUACACCUAAAGAUCCUAAAGAGCCCAAAGAACCUUCUGAUGGUCGUUCACCUAAGGAGCCAAAGGAAACACCAACAGGGCGUACGCCUAAAGACCAUAAAGAGUCCAAAGAACCUUUUGAUCGUCGUUCACUUAAGAAGCCAGAGGAAACGCCCAGAGGUCAUACACCUAAACAACCAAAAGAACCUAAGGAGCCAGAAGAAUUUACAGUUGAUCGAUAUCCUAAAGAGCCAAAAGAAACUACAACCGUUGAGAGAUUCGGGACGCAGGAGACUACUCAUUUAGAGCGUUCUACUGUUCAACAUGUGAAACUGAUUGGUGGGAAAGUGGUAAAAUCCGAAACAACAGUGUACCGAAGUAGAUCCAAAUCUCCAACAUCAAAGACUACUGAGCCCACCGAUAGAACACCAGGUCGAUUUCCUAAGGAACCAAAGGAAACACCAACAGGACUUACAACUAAAGAGCUAAAGGAACCGUCGGAUGAACGUUCUCCCAAGGAGCCGAAGGAAUCACCAACAGGACGUACACCUAAAGAGCCCAAAGAACCGUUUGAUGGUCGAUCUCCUAAGAAGCCAGAAGAAUUUACAGUAGAUCGAUAUCCUAAAGAGCCAAAAGAAACUACAACCGUUGAGAGAUUCGGGACGCAGGAGACUACUCAUUUAGAGCGUUCUACUGUUCAACAUGUGAAACUGAUUGGUGGAAAAGUGGUAAAAUCCGAAACAACAGUGUACCGAAGUAGAUCCAAAUCUCCAACAUCAAGGACUACUGAGCCCACCGAUAGAACACCAGGUCGAUCUCCUAAGGAACCAAAGGAAACACCAACAGGACUUACAACUAAAGAGCCCAAGGAACCGUCGGAUGAACGUUCUCCCAAAGAGCCAAAGGGAACACCAACAGAACUUACAUCUAAAGAGCCCAAGGAACCGACGGAUGAACGUUCUCCCAAGGAGCCGAAGGAAUCACCAACAGGACGUACACCUAAAGAGCCCAAAGAACCGUUUGAUGGUCGAUCUCCUAAGAAGCCAGAAGAAUUUACAAUAGAUCGAUAUCCUAAAGAGCCAAAAGAAACUACAACCGUUGAGAGAUUCGGGACGCAGGAUACUACUCAUUUAGAGCGUUCCACUGUUCAACAUGUGAAACUGAUUGGUGGGAAAGUGGUAAAAUCCGAAACAACAGUGUACCGAAGUAGAUCCAAAUCUCCAACAUCAAGGACUACUGAGCCCACCGAUAAAACACCAGGUCGAUCUCCUAAGGAACCAAAGGAAACACCAACAGGGCUUACAUCUAAAGAUCCCAAGGAACCGUCGGAUGAACGUUCUCCCAAGGAGCCAAAGGGAACACCAACAGGGCGUACACCUAAAGAACCCAAAGAACAGACUUAUGGUCGACCUCCUAAGGAGCCAAAAGAGACAUCGACUAUUCGAACUCCAAAGGAGCCAGAAGAAUCUACAGUAGGUCGAUAUCCGAAAGAGCCAAAGAAAACACCAACAGGACGUAUUCCUCAUGAACCGGAAGACUACUGGCCUGAUGGAACUCCUAAGGAACCACAGGAAACAACGACAGUUGAAAGAUUCGGGACCCAGGAGACAACUCAUCGUUCCUCUGUCCAACAUGUGAGACUGGUUGGAGGCAAAGUAGUUAAAACAGAAACAACCGAGUACCGCAGUAGGCCAAAAUCUCCUGAUAAAACACCAAGAACAACGGAGAUCACCGAAUACAGGACGACCAAAUAUCCCGACGUCAAGAGUUCCGAAACGGUCGAAAGUGUAAAACAAGAAGUUCGAAUCGUCAACGGAAAAAUCGUCAAAAACGUUACUACCACAAACAAAAGUAGUACGAGCAAAUCUCCUGAACGCAGAGAACCCAAGACAAUGGAAAUAAUCGAAUCACCGACUCCAAAACCCUUUGAAAGAGAGACCCACACAGAAAGACAUUUCACGACGGACGUUAAAGAGUCAUACGAAACCUCCACUUCUCUCGAUCAUUUCACCUCCGAGGAUCGCACUUCCAAAACCACCAAAGUCACCAGAGAAGACAAGCCGAAAACGACUCCGAAGAAAACACCGGAGAAGAUCGUCGAACAGUGCAUCUGCGAAAUCUGCACCUGCGGACGUCAUCAAUGCAGGCACACAGUCAUUGAGGAAAGCCCGCUGAAACCGAAAGAUGAUUUCAAACCGACUACGCAAACCAAGGAAGCAUUCCCGGCGUAUAAGCUUUCUGAUAUCGAGAGACCUCAAGGAUUUAAAGUCGAUGAUAACCUCCAAUUGGAAGGCGACUACAAACCGGAGAGGAAACGGGAAUACGAUGCCACUCGCGGAGAACGAGCUCCGAUUAAAAAGCCGAAGGACAACCUCGCUCCCGAAGGCGAGUUCCAUCGCCCUCGGCCGGAAGAGUACAGGCCCGGAGAGAGAGCCCCCAUCAAAAAGCACCCUGACAAUCUUAGACCGGAAGGCGACUUCGAGCGGCCCAAGCCAGAAGAAUAUCGGCCGGGCGAGAGGGCCCCCGUCAAAAAGCACCCUGACAACCUCAGGCCUGAAGGAGAAUUCGAAAGGCCGAAGCCAGAGGGGUAUCGCCCGGGUGAUAGAGCGCCGAUAGUCAAACACCCAGAUAACAUAAAACUAGAAGGGGAUUUCGACAGGCCGACAAAAGAAAAGGUAGGACCUGGGGAACGUCAAAAGCCAAUCAAGCCGCAAGAUAAUUUGCGGCCGGAAGGAGAUUUCGAACGACCCAAACCGGAGGGCUACAGGCCCGGCGAACGGGCUCCAGUCAAAAAGCACCCGGACAAUCUGAGACCUGAAGGACAGUUCGAAAGGCCGAAGCCAGAGGGGUAUCGCCCGGGUGAUAGAGCGCCGAUAGUGAAACAUCCCGAUAACAUCAAACUCGAAGGCGACUUUGACAGACCCACAAAGGAAAAGACCGGGCCUGGAGAAAGACCGAAGCCAUUCAAACCGCAAGACAAUUUGAAACCGGAAGGAGAUUUCGAAAGACCCAAGACGAACGGUUACCAUCCGGGAGAGAGAGCUCCCAUCGUGAAACAUCCCGACAAUUUGAAGCCCGAAGGGGAUUUCGAAAGGCCGAAACCCGAAGGGUUCCGACCGGGGGAACGUGCCCCGAUAGUCAGACACCCUGACAACCUCAAACCGGAAGGUGACUUCGAAAGACCUGUUAAAAAACCAGCUGCUUUGGUCGGUGAGAGAGCUCCGACUAAGAAACCGGAAGAUAAUUUAACAACAAAUGGUGAAUUCACAAGCGUCACCACAAGUAAAUUAGAAUUUACCGGAGAACCCACAGAACGCCCAAGGCUUAUCAGGAGAAAUACAUGGACCAAGCUAGAAGGAGACAUGACCACCGAAACUACCACAAGAUCGGAAUUCAAGCAGCUGGAUGUCAAUGAACGUUCUCAGAUAGUGAAGAGGCGUCAGGAUAACCUGACAGUCGGUGAAGGGACGAUAGAGGAGACGACAGUCAACCGAGUGGACUAUCCUAAACAUGAACCAGUAAAAAGGGAAAAACCUCGCAAGCUCGUAGAUUCUAUAAUAACGGAAACAGGAAAAUUCGAUAGCACAACAAGCACGAAGUCAGAUUUUAUUGAUUAUAAUACAUUCACCAAAGUCGAAGUGACCAAACGAAGAGACAAUCUGACGACAAUAGGUGACAUGACAUUUGAAACCUCGAGCAAAACGGACUUUGCCGAAAAAACAGUCGAACGCGAAAAACCGACUAGACGUAGGACCUGGACCAAACAAGACGGCGAAAUAUACUUUGAAACGACUAACAACACAUAUAAAUACGUGCCUGCAGAAAGGCCGGUACAACAGAAACCGCAGGAUAAUUUGAAACCGGAGGGUGAGUUUGUAAAACGGCCACGGUCAAAGUCGCCGGUAAAAGGAGAGAGAGCACCAAUUGUAAAGCACAAAGAUAACCUAAAACCAGAAGGUGACUUCGAAAGGCCUACACAAGAAAAGUUCAAGCCAGCUGAAAGACCAAAGCAGGUUAAACCACAAGAUAAUCUUAAACCGGAAGGUGACUUCGAAAGACCAACGCAACAGAAGUACAGACCUGGGGAAAGACCCAUACAGGUCAAACCUGAAGAUAAUCUGAAACCAGAAGGAGAUUUCGAAAGACCGACACAACAAAAAUUCAGACCAGCAGAAAGGCCCAAACAGGUUAAGCCUGAGGAUAAUCUGAAACCUGAGGGAGAAUUCGAAAGACCAACACAACAGAAGUACAGACCUGGUGAACGGCCGAAGCAGGUUAAACCUGAGGACAAUCUGAAACCAGAAGGAGAAUUCGAAAGACCGACACAACAAAAAUUCAGGCCAGCAGAAAGGCCGAAGCAAGUCAAACCGGAAGAUAACUUAAAACCGGAAGGUGAUUUCGAAAGACCGACUCACGAAAAGUUCAGACCAGCAGAAAGGCCCAAACAGGUUAAGCCUGAGGAUAAUCUGAAACCAGAGGGAGAAUUCGAAAGACCUACACAACAGAAGUACAGACCUGGUGAACGGCCGAAGCAGGUAAGACCUGAGGAUAACCUAAAACCAGAAGGAGAUUUCGAAAGACCGACUCACGAAAAGUUCAGACCAGCAGAAAGGCCCAAACAGGUUAAGCCUGAGGAUAAUCUGAAACCAGAGGGAGAAUUCGAAAGACCUACACAACAGAAGUACAGACCUGGUGAACGGCCGAAGCAGGUAAGACCUGAGGAUAACCUAAAACCAGAAGGAGAUUUCGAAAGACCGACUCACGAAAAGUUCAGACCAGCAGAAAGGCCCAAACAGGUUAAGCCUGAGGAUAAUCUGAAGCCUGAGGGAGAAUUCGAAAGACCUACACAACAGAAGUACAGACCUGGUGAACGGCCGAAGCAGGUUAAACCUGAAGACAAUCUGAAACCAGAAGGAGAAUUCGAAAGACCGACACAACAAAAAUUCAGGCCAGCAGAAAGGCCGAAGCAAGUCAAACCGGAAGAUAACUUAAAACCGGAAGGUGAUUUCGAAAGACCGACUCACGAAAAGUUCAGACCAGCAGAAAGGCCCAAACAGGUUAAGCCUGAGGAUAAUCUGAAACCAGAGGGAGAAUUCGAAAGACCUACACAACAGAAGUACAGACCUGGUGAACGGCCGAAGCAGGUAAGACCUGAGGAUAACCUAAAACCAGAAGGAGACUUUGAAAGGCCAACUCAAGAAAAGUUCAGACCAGCUGAAAGACCAAAACAAGUAAAGCAUGACGAUAAUCUUCGUCCGGAGGGUGAAUUUGAGAAGCGCAGACCGCAAGAGUACAGACCAGCAGAAAGGCCGAAACAGGUUAGACCUGAGGAUAACCUAAAACCAGAAGGCGACUUUGAACGACCUUCGCAUGAAAAAUUCAGACCAGCUGAAAGGCCCAAACAGGUUAAACCUGAAGAUAACCUUAGACCAGAAGGUGAUUUUGAAAGACCAACGCAAGAAAAAUACAGGCCAGGAGAAAGGGCGCCAAUCGUCAAACAUGACGAUAACCUUCGUCCAGAAGGUGAAUUUGAGAAACGCAGACCUCAGGAAUACCGACCAGCUGAACGGCCUAAACAGGUUAGACCUGAAGAUAAUCUUAGACCAGAAGGAGACUUCGAAAGACCGACACAAGAAAAGUACAGGCCUGGGGAAAGAGCACCAAUUGUCAAACAUGAUGACAAUCUUCGUCCAGAAGGUGAAUUUGAGAAACGCAAACCGCAAGAAUACAGACCGUCAGAAAGGCCGAAACAGGUUAGACCUGAGGAUAACCUAAAGCCAGAAGGCGACUUUGAGCGGCCUACACAAGAAAAAUUCCGGCCAGCUGAAAGGCCCAAACAGGUUAAACCUGAAGAUAACCUAAGACCAGAAGGUGACUUUGAAAGACCAACGCAAGAAAAGUUUAGGCCAGCCGAAAGGCCCAAACAAGUAAAGCAUGAUGAUAAUCUUCGUCCGGAAGGUGAAUUUGAGAAGCGCAGACCACAAGAAUACAGACCAGCGGAAAGGCCGAAACAGGUUAGACCUGAGGAUAACCUCAAACCAGAAGGAGACUUUGAAAGGCCAACUCAAGAAAAGUACAGGCCUGGAGAAAGGGCGCCAAUCGUCAAACAUGACGAUAAUCUUCGUCCAGAAGGUGAAUUUGAGAAACGCAGACCUCAGGAAUACCGACCAGCUGAACGGCCUAAACAGGUUAGACCUGAAGAUAAUCUGAGACCAGAAGGAGACUUCGAAAGACCGACACAAGAAAAGUACAGGCCUGGUGAAAGGGCACCUAUCGUUCGGCAUGAUGACAAUCUCCGGCCAGAAGGUGAAUUUGAAAAGCGCAAACCUCAAGAUUUCAGACCUGCCGAAAGGCCCAAACAAGUUAAACCUGAGGAUAACUUGAAACCAGAAGGAGAAUUCGAAAGACCAACCCAUGAACAGUACAGACCAGCUGAAAGACCCAAACAGGUUAGACCUGAAGAUAACCUCAAACCGGAAGGCGAAUUUGAACGACCGACGCAAGAAAAAUACAGGCCUGGAGAAAGGGCACCUGUUGUGAAGCAUGAUGAUAAUCUCCGUCCUGAAGGUGAAUUCGAAAAGCGUAGACCACAAGAAUACCGACCAGCAGAAAGACCUAAACAAGUUAAACCAGAGGAUAAUCUGAGACCCGAGGGAGACUUCGAAAGACCGACACAAGAAAAAUACAGGCCAGCUGAAAGGCCCAAACAAGUGAAGCCUGAAGAUAACUUGAAACCGGAAGGAGAAUUCGAAAGACGAACUGUUCAAAGAUACAGGCCUGGUGAAAGGGCUCCGGUCGUCAAGCAUGAAGAUAACCUGAAACCGGAAGGUGAGUUCGUUAAACGAAUAAUCGAAGAGUACCAAACCGCUGAGAGAUCCGAAAUUAUCAAGCAUCAUGACAAUUUGAGACAAGAAGGUCUCUACGAAAUAUACCGUAAGGACGAUUAUAAUGUUACCAAGGGAGAACGGGCUACCGUCACCAAGCCCAAAGACAACUUAAGAACUGAAGAAGGCGAAUUCGCACAGAGAGAAAUAGUCAUCGUCGAGAAGGGCGAACGAGCACCAGUAGUCAAGCCUAAAGACAAUCUGAAACCAGAAGGCGAAUUUGUUAAAAGAGAAGUCAUAACCGAAGUAGUGAGAGGUGAACGAGCUGAUGUUGUUGUCAGAGAGGACAAUUUGAAAUUAACCGGAGAAUAUUACAACGUCAGAAAGGAUGAUUAUAAUGUCAAGACAGCAGAACGAUCGGUCAUUAAAAAACAUGAAAAUAAUCUGAAAAUGGAAGGUGUUAUUGAAACUUCCAGGACAAGAGACGACUACAGCAAAAAACAAGCCGAACGAGCUGUAAUUAAACGCCACGAAGAUAACCUUCAUCUCGAAGGUGAAUUCGUGGAUAUGACCAGUAAAACUGAAUACAAUCACGUUCGUGGUGAACGAGCAGAAGUAAUUGUCCGAGAAGACAAUUUGAAAACAGAAGGUGAAUUUUAUACGAAAAAGACUAGUGAUGAUUUCGUCUAUUCGACGACCGAGCGACCCAAAAUGGUGAAACCCAAAGACAAUUUAAGACCAGAAGGAGAAUUCGAAAGACCGAUUCAAGAACCUGUUGGACCGGGAGGCAGGGCCCCCAUCGUCAGACAUCCGGAUAAUUUGUUUCCAGAAGGCGAAUUCGAAAAAAGAAAAACCUAUCCGUUCUCUCCUGCUGAGAGGCAGAAACCGUUCAGACCAGAGGACAAUCUUAGGCCAGAAGGCGAAUUCGAAAGACCGGCUCAAGAACCCGUCGGACCGGGAGGCAGGGCCCCCAUCGUCAGACAUCCGGAUAAUUUGUUUCCAGAAGGCGAAUUCGAAAAAAGAAAAACUUAUCCGUUCUCUCCUGCUGAGAGGCAGAAACCGUUCAGACCAGAGGACAAUCUUAGGCCAGAAGGCGAAUUCGAAAGACCGGCUCAAGAACCUGUCGGACCGGGAGGCAGGGCUCCCAUCGUCAGACAUCCGGAUAAUCUAUUUCCAGAAGGCGACUUCGAAAAGCGAAAAACGGAACCGUAUAUUGCCGCACAAAGGCCUAAACCGAUUAGACACGAGGACAAUCUAAGGCCGGAAGGAGAAUUCGACCGGCCGGUACAAGAGCCCGUCGGCCCCGGCGGGAGGGCUCCCAUAGUCAAGCAUCCGGAUAACUUGAGGCCCGAAGGAGAAUUCGAAAGACCCUGUAAAUCUCCGGUCGGCCCAGGAGGUAGAGCUCCGAUCGUCAAGCACCCAGACAACCUCUUCCCCGAAGGUGACUUCGAAAAACGUCGUCAGUCGCCGUUCCGCCCCGCCGAACGGCAAAAGAUAGUGAAACCGGAAGAUAAUUUGAAACCAGAAGGAGAUUUCGAGAGACGUCCACAAACUAAACCAACCUAUGUCAAAGGAGAAAGGGCGCAAGUGAGAGUACCCAAAGACAAUUUGACCGUAGGAGAAGGCGAAUUCUACAGAGAGACUACCCAGAGAUCGCAAUUCGUUCCCGCCAGAGGAGAAAGAAUGCAAGUUAAAAGGUACGAGUCUUCUCUCAAGGUAGGAGAAGGGAAAAUGGAUCUGUCCACUACAAACAACAGAACGUUUCGAACGAUCAUUUACGACACCACGGACACCAGUAAGCAGAAAGUGGUUAAGACGGAUACCUCGGUUGUUAAGCGACAGGAUGAAAUCGUGUCUGAUACCGUCACGAACCGACAGACAGAUGUCAGCAAAAAAUCUUCCGCUUACGAUUCAACCACAAAGUCGACACGCGUCGACGAAAGUACUCAGCAUGCAGUUCAGCGCCAUGCGGACAGAGACGUCAAGGAAAGCACUAAUGUAACGAGGGAAACGAAGACACUUCAGGACGGAACUGUCGUUUACGUUACGAAAACGACGGUGACUACUGCAGGCAAGAGUAUCCAACACGAUGCCAACCGGGAAGCUGCAAACGCGACGGUCACCGAACAGAGAACCGUCGUACAGAACGACGUUAACGAAAACGUUAGGUCGUCGUCCUCCGUCAACCAGCAGACUCAAGUCGUCAACAAGUCUUCUACUGUCGCACAGCAGAACGUCCGUCAAAAUGAAAGAGGCACCUAUAGCGAGAGGUUCCACAAAGAAGAUGCCAAUUUCAACGAUAUGAGGUCUGCCAGUCAAAGAUCACAGCGUUCGCAACGAGAAGAGCAGCAUUGGUCUCAUAACGUGGAAAGUAAAUCUUCGAACGUGUCUGAACACAGAUCCCAGCAUCACCACCAUCACCAUCAGACGAGCAAGGAACUCAUAAACGCUCUCGAAGGUAAACCGCCGCUACCCGAGACUUACUCUUCCAAGAGCCACCACAGGAAAAAUGUCAUCUCCGGUUCUACGAGCGACUUGACCAAUUCCGUAUUGCACAGAAAAGCGGUGCAAACAUCCUCCGAAUCGCUGCACAACGUUUCCAGCUCAUCCACCGCGUCCAUACAGAGGAAGAGCAUCCAAAACUUGGACGGACAGUACAUCGCUCCCGUCUCGCAGGAAAGGAAGAGUUUGAGCACUCUCCACCGGCAGGGAGUCACUCACACGGAUCGCUCCUCCUCCGGAGGGAGGAUGGAUUCGUCCCACUGUGCCGUUCACAACACCGGAGCCGGAAAAUUCUAUGGACAGACUGAAAGCAAAAGUUACGGUAGCGAAGCCAAAAACUACGGAAAUUUCGUCAUAGCUGAAAAAGUAACCCGGGUCAGAGGGUCUAACUAUUCCUCGAGUAUAACACUAGGCAACGAACAUAACAUAGCUUCCUCGUAUAAACACGAAUACGUACCCCGCGUCACCGGCCCAUGCCCUGCUACAUACAUCUCACCCAAACAGGAAAACAAAGGAAAAUUUAUGCAUACUCGUGAUACCGCUAAACACAGCUAUUAUAUCAAAAAAGUCUGAUUUCAUGUCAAUGUUAUUAAUGAAUUAUUACUAUUUAUAUAUCAUAGCUUUAUACUAAUCAAUUGAAUAAAAAUAUAUUUUU